CGUCACCCCCGAAUUCUACAACGACGGGGCGACAGUUUAUGAUUGUCUAUGGACUCGUCAGCUCAUUGUGGAGGUCUAUUGCAUGAUUCAGGCGUUUAUAUUGGAAAAAAUCCGAUAUUCAGUACAGUAACUAUUGAUUUUUGUUGCCUCAUUUCACCAACAUCAGACUAUCACAAAAGCAAGACCGAGUGUGACUCCAUUGGUGCUGUGCUGCUUCCUCCCUUUCGAUCGUUAGCUAACUAGCAGCUUCUACCAGUUCGAGGUUUCCAGACCACACGGCCAGGUUACUUGUAUUUGGACCAACCGUCUGCACGGAAUAGCUAGAUAUUUAUUUUUAGAAACUGCAAUAAUUUAAUAACUAUUGUUUUCUUUAGUUUGCAACUUUUCAAACCAGGAAGCUAGGUAACUUUACUCUGAACUUUGCGUGUGGUGUCAUUGAGUCAGCAACCUGGCUAGCAGUAGCAUUACAAGCUAGCUAAGCUGUUUUUCCUGUCUAAAGCUAAGUGUUCAUGCAAUGAUAGCAACAGGUAGCUAGAUGUUUAGCAAUUAUGAUCCCGUCAACGUACACAUUCAGAUAGGUCGUUGUUGUUGCAGUUUCUUAGAGCUGUCACACCUGCACCUAUUCAGUCAGUUGAAUGUCAUGAGUUUCCUGGCUUAAUGCAAGUAGUUUUGUAAACAGCUCGCGGGACUAUCAACAAGCGGAGCAGACCGAAUGAUGCGGGUUGUGGAAAUUGACUAGCGAGCGACCGACCACGGUGGAUCGUACAAGGAUAGUGCUGCCUCAACAAGCCUGCUGGGUGAUCAGUGGUUUUAACUUCAAGAACAUUUCUGAUGCACACGGGAGAAUAUCCGAGGAAAACCCGUUUGUUGUAGUCAGGUGUACUUGCCAGAAAUCUUUCAAUUGUUGGUGAAUCAAAAUGUCUGCUAUCUCUGCGUCUGAGAAAGUGGACGGGUUCACCCGAAAAUCAAUGAGGAAGGCCCAGAAACAGAAAAAAUCCCAAGGUUCUUCCCAGUUUCGAACUCAAAGCGCCUUGGUCGAGCUUUCACCCUUGCCACAGCUCAAAGAUGCGCCCUCCACAGAGCAACAGGAGCUGUUCACUCAAAAGCUGCAGCAGUGCUGCAUGCUGUUCGACUUCAUGGACUCGGUCACCGACCUGAAGAGCAAGGAGAUCAAGAGGGCCACACUCAAUGAGUUGGUAGACUACGUGUCCACCAACAGAGGUGUGCUGGUGGAGUCUGCCUAUCCAGAGAUCUCCAAUAUGAUCAGCACCAAUAUAUUCCGGACUCUUCCGCCAAGUGAAAACCCCGACUUUGACCCAGAGGAGGAUGAGCCCACUCUUGAGGCCUCCUGGCCUCACAUACAGCUCGUCUAUGAAUUUCUCCUGCGUUUUCUGGAGAACCCAGACUUUCAGCCCAGCAUUGCAAAGCGCUACAUUGACCAGAAGUUCGUGUUGCAGCUCCUGGAGCUGUUUGACAGCGAGGACCCCCGAGAGAGGGACUUCCUGAAGACAGUCCUGCAUCGGAUCUACGGGAAGUUCCUGGGCUUGCGAGCAUUCAUCAGGAAACAGAUCAACAACAUUUUCUUGCGGUUCAUCUACGAGACAGACCACUUCAACGGAGUGGCCGAGCUGCUGGAGAUCCUGGGGAGCAUCAUCAACGGGUUUGCGCUGCCGCUGAAGGCAGAGCACAAGCAGUUCCUGAUGAAGGUGCUCAUCCCCAUGCACACCGCUAAAGGACUGGCCCUGUUCCACGCCCAGCUGGCCUACUGUGUGGUCCAGUUCCUGGAGAAGGAUCCUACCCUCACUGAGCCGGUGAUUCGUGGGCUGUUGAAGUUUUGGCCCAAAACCUGUAGCCAGAAGGAGGUAAUGUACCUGGGUGAAAUCGAAGAGAUCUUGGAUGUAAUUGAGCCCACACAGUUUAAGAAGAUCCAGGAACCUCUAUUCAAGCAGAUCUCCAAGUGUGUGGCCAAUCCCCACUUCCAGGUAGCUGAGCGAGCUCUCUACUUCUGGAAUAACGAGUACAUCCUCAGUCUGAUUGAGGAGAACAUCCACAAGAUUCUGCCAACUAUGUUUGGCAGCCUGUACAGAAUCUCCAAAGAACACUGGAAUCCGACGAUUGUAGCCCUGGUGUACAACGUGCUGAAGACAUUGAUGGAGAUGAACAGCACACUGUUUGACGAGCUGACGGCCUCCUACAAAUCAGACAGGCAACGGGAGAAGAAGAAGGAGCAGGAGAGGGAGGAGUUGUGGAAGAAGCUGGAUGAGCUGCGGCUCAGCAACUCUGUGUUGGUCCAAAACAACAGCCACGGCCUCCUCAACGCCCACAACAACAACAGCAACAACAACAAUCACGGUGACGACAAAGAGAAGAGCACCACGGCCACCAUUGCUGCAGAGCUCGAAGGCCUCGCCGUCGCCAUGGAGACCGAGGAGAGCGUCACAGAGGCCAAAUGACACAGGACUGCAUUUUCUACUCCUUAAUGGUUUGAGACUGUCAGGAAGGGGGGGGGGGAGAGAUGGAGGAAAGAUAAUAGCAAAAAGAGAAAAAAAGAUAAACCUCAUCAGUAUGUUAAAUCUAUAUAAAUCUACUUCAAUGCCAGCAAUUCUAUGGCAGGAAACAUAUAUUUCAACUUAAGACUAUUUUUGGAUGUUACAGUGUGGCCACAGUAUAUUGGUAAAAAAAAUUUGUCUGAUCAAAGAUUUAUCCUUUCACAUUUAGUUUCCUAACUGAGAAUUUUUUGUGAUAUUCAUUGUAUACAAAUACGGGAGUUGCAGGGGGGGAUAAUGACUUGAAAAUAACGUUUCUGAUUGUGCUGCACUUAGAGAAGCUCAAUGGCUAUUUGAAGAUGUUGUCUAUUUUGUAUGUGCUUUCCUCACUGCUGCCAACACACAGGGGUGAAAACUUUAAGAGGUGGGGGAGAGGGGGUGGCUAGAGAGCCCAGGGUGUUCAUAUUUCCCAAAUGAGACCUUUGUGAAUGUCACUAUCAUGAGAUCUUGUGUUGUUCGGAUGUUUGAUAUUUCUAUCUGAAUACAUGAAGCUUAAUGUUCUAGCUGUUGUGACACCUGCAGAUCUGCAGCCAGAAGACUAUUUACAGUAAGUAUUGAAAUGACAGACUUUAGACAAAUGAACAACAAAAUGGGCACAGAUUUAAUUCCAUAUUUUUUCAGUCUGAAUAUAUAAUUGAUUGAUAAAAAAAUGAGUAAAAAUGAGCCAUAUAUUUUUUCCGAGUAUUGUUAGACAAAGAUCUUGGUUUUUAAACUAGGUGGUGACAGAUUGUCUGGUUUUGCAGAUAAAACAUGGCUGGAUGGAGUUAGUGUGUGUGCGUGCGCAUGUGUACAGUAUGUAUGAGGGGAUUGUCUGCUUUAUCGUGUCUGUUCUCUAUUGUAGGUCCCAGUCUUUCUGAUGCCUUUUCUGUCAGAGUGUACCAUUCCAAUCUCUGUGACAUACAACUGUGUGGGGAACCUGUUUUGUAAUGACAGACCUUAUAUAGGUUUUGAACACCAUCAAAAUAAAGUCUACCUUAUGUUUCUACUCAA